AUGAGACUGAAUUCAGGGAAAGACUUUAACUUCUGCAAGACAAACCGUUUGCUUGCUCCUCCCAGCUUCCAUUCUGUCCCUUCCGUUUUCACCCAUGCUGGGAUAAGGCCAGAAAGCAUGACUCUUGGUUGCUCAUGUGGGAAUGAAGAGGUGGGUAAAUGGGAAGGCCAAGUAUAUGCGAGUGGAGCUGACUUAGCAAAGCCAGCAAAAUCUGAAGCACUUGUGGUGGGGGGAGGGGGAAGUGGGGGCAGGCCAAUGUAUGUGGCUGUAGAAAACCAAGAGCCGGUUGACCAUGCAAAACUCAAAGCAAUAUAA